AUAGCCAAAACGCUAAUCCCACGAAGUGACAUUAUUGGAGGUUUGACAGUAUACACAAAAACAAACAUUUUGUAAAACAGAUCAGUUCGAUUUUCAGUUAAACCGAUCGCCUUUUGGGGUUGGUUACUAUACCGACCAUGGACCGGGGCUGAAUCGGACAAAUUUACUGACAAAAUUAAUGAAACUUGAAACCAAACAACUAACAGUAACUGAAAUUAGAUUUGAUCAACUGAACCUGUUUCCUUGAUAAAAUUGUGCAACAGCUUGGAAAUAUUAUAACAUCUAAUUUCUGUGAAUUUACAUCUGAAUAUAAAAUUUAUAUUACCACCAUCAAUUUACCUGUGAAGAUGGUUGUGACUUUUUAAAGUCAACUGUUUCAGCAUUAAUAAAUGGAGAAAUCUGUUUUCCCUGUUAAUUUUAUUAUAGUUUAGACUUCGAUUAAGACUCAGAUCAUUUACAGGAUAUAUUUUUUAUCUUGGGAGUAUUUAAAUCGUAAAAGAUGAGUGUUUACAAUUUCAACAAAACCGUCAUAAUGAUUUGCUACACAGCUUCGUUGAUGUUUUUAUAUUCACAUUUUGUAUCAUCAACAGACAUCGAGGAUCCAACAGAACAACUCGAAAGAAUUUCUAACAGCCUCUUCGUUCUCGAACCUGGUGCAUAUCCUUACUUUGUUUCUAUUCAAGAGCCAGAUCCAGAAGACCCAACGGGAUACAGGCAACAUUGUGGUGGAUCAUUGUUGACAAGGAGAAUCGUACUAACAGCAGCUCAUUGUGUUCAAAAUGCCUCAAUGGUUUUCAAAUAUCGCGUUAUGCCCAACACUCGAAAUUUAGGAUUCAUUGAUGUGCACGAUGUAACCUACGGAAUUGCGUCUUAUGUGAUCCACCCAGGGUAUGGACAUAGUGAAGUAAAAAUUCAACAUGACAUCGCUGUUUUACUAUUGGACCAUCCUGAUCCUCGGAGUGGAGCGACUAUUGCCCUACCCGUCACUCCACCUCCUUUGUGCGUACCACUUACUAUGAUUGGCCUCGGUAUGACGGAAGUUGGUAUAUGGCCAGUGACCUUGCGUCAAACAGGUGUGUUUAUACUUCCUGAUAUAGCGUGUGGGGCUGCAAACAAUGUUCAAGAAUACGUUCCAGGUUUCAAUCUUUGUGUUGCUAAUGCUAUCGUAUCAUCUGUAUGUAUUGGUGACUCGGGUGGACCUUUAAUUUACACAUUAAACAAUAUAAAUUAUGUAGUUGGAGUAAUAGCUAGUGCAUAUCCUCCCUGUGGCCGCUAUUCAAUCUCCAAUCUUGUUAAUGUUUUUUCGCAUUUGCAAUUCAUUGCUUCAUCAAUGUUAGCAUUGAAUCGUGAUGAAUUGAAAUCUGAUCAAAUUCAAUAUGUUAAACGUUCAAUGGAUUCUAAAUCGGAUUCAAACAUGACCAAUGGAAUGACCGAUUUGAAUAUCAUUGUACCAUUCAAACAUUAAAAAUUUUGUUUACCUUUUGAA